AUGGAUGAAUGCACACCGUUGAUCAGGUCGUCCGGCCGACCGGAGGAUGACCCCGAGAGGCUGUCCGAGGCAAAAGUCGAAACCAAGUCUGGAGUAGACAUGGUCUUCUUUGUGAUUGCUAUUCUAGGCGUAUUUCUUGCCAUCGGCGACGAAUACUUCGUCUUCACUACCAGCGGCCAUAUCGCGUCGGACUUUCACCGUCUUUCCCUUGGACCUUGGCUCAUCACGGCGUACAAUCUGGGAUACUCUGUCACGCUUCCUCUGUAUGGACGAGUCUGUGAGAUUUAUGGCUACAAGACGACUUUGUUGGUAGCCUAUCUUGUAUUUACUCUUGGAUGCGUCAUUAGUGGCUUGGCGCCUUAUCUCGGAGUUGCAAUCGCUGGUCGAUUUAUUGCUGGUGCCGGUGGCGCUGGCAUGACCGAUUUGAUCAGCGUGAUUAUCACUGAAAUGGCCCCGUUGAGAGAAGUCGCCGUCCUUCGAUGCUAUAUACAGAUGUCUGGAACUGUUGGUGUCACCGUAGGAUCGCCGCUCGGUGGACUCUUAACCGAUCUAUUGGGUUGGAGAUGGUCCUUCCUCAUCAAAGUCCCACUGGGAUUAUUCUGCUUCGCUAUGGCCGCAUGGCGAUUGCCUUCAGCUACGAACAAUGGAUAUUCAGACAUGAAAGAAGGAGGGGAAGUGGACGACGAGAAGCCAGAACUCAACUUGCCAGGCAUCUCACUGUUGGGUACUGUGAUCGCCGCGAUCAUGGGAGUAUGCCAGCUUUUGUCGGAAGAGCUGCCUCAAAAGGAUAUUCUCAUGACGUUAGCAAUCGCAACAGUCGUCAUCGGAGGAGUUCUGUUUGGCUUGAACGAACGCUACUGGGCAAAAACUGCUCUUGUUCCGAUGUAUCUCCUCAAGACAAAUGGCAUCGGCCUUGCAUAUAUCGCUCAGUUCCUGGCGAUGUUCACUUUCUGUGGAUUCUCCAGUAACUUCGCCGACUUCUGGGUCCGGACCAAGAAUGCCUCCGCUAGCCUAGCGGCCUUGUCGAUACUUCCUCUGGCUGCGGCUAGUACCGUGAGUGGGCUGAUAGUCGGCAACAUUGUUCGUCGAACGGGGAAAUACAAAUCGCUCUCGAUCAAAUGCUGCAUGGCCAUGAUCCUGGGAAAUAUGCUUUUAGUAAUCCGCCUGCCCCAAGCUCCUUAUUACUGGGAGAUCCUCUUUACCAUCAUCAUAGGCGUGGGCAUGGGAGGGUUCUUCUCCGUAACAUUUGUCGGACUAUCAGCCUCGAUUCCCAAUCAGAUGUCCGCCACUGCGAUGACUGUGUACUACUUGGCGCAGCAGCUGGGAAUGAUGAUGGGCAUCACCGCAACCUCUGUGACCUGCCGGAUGGUAUUCAAAGAAUAUCUUGAGCGGAAACUUGCCGACUUUGCCGGAUCGAUUCAGAUCAUCCAUCAUGUGUUGAGUGACAGUCGCUUCGGAUUUUCUUUGCCAGAACCGUUGCAAACACUGGUGAAAGACAGUUUCUUCCAAGCCUUUAGGGCUGUCCCAGUCAUGACCUCGAUUAGCAUGGUAUUGGUUCUACCGAUCCUCUGCUAUUUACCCGAACGAUCUCUCGAAUAA